AUGUCAUCCAAGUACGCACUGAUCUUUGUCCUAGCGGCACUUUGCUGCCUGGUGGCCACCGAGGCAGCUGCCCAACGUCGCAACGGCGCCGUACUGUCAUCAGAGGAGUCGAGGGACACCAAGGAUUCCAGUGAUGUUGAGGUGAAGCGAGAACCGGAGGAGGAGCAGGAGCAGGAUCAAGAUGCAGGUGACAACAAUCAGCUGCAACUGAAUGAGAAUCACAAUGCGGCUGUCAGCAAACAGGAUAAUGUGAGGGAGACCGUUGUGCGCUCCAAUAAGGAUGAUGCCCGUGCCCGUCGUGUUGUGCGUCGUCGUCGUGGUCCUCGUCGCAGCCGCAACUCCCGUCGUCGUCGUCGUGGCGGCAACCGCAGACGUCGUGGUGGCAACCGCAGGCGUCGUGGUGGCAACCGCAACCGUCGUCGUAGCACGAUCAGGAGACGUGGUGGCAGACCCCUCCGCGGUUAA